AUGAACAGCGAAAACGCGUUUAAUCCUCAGGAAUUUACUAAAACUAAGAAUCAUGUUCCUACAUUGAUGCUGACUGACGAGAAUUCAGGUGAAGUGUGUGAAAUUACUGUAAAAGACGAAAAAGGGAAUGAUGUAGAUAUAAGACUUGAUUUAGAAAAACAACAAGCACGCGGUGGUUGGAAUGGGAAACUGGAAUUCGUUAUGACGUGUAUUGGUUAUGCCGUGGGUCUUGGAAAUGUAUGGCGUUUUCCGUAUUUAUGUCAUAAAAAUGGUGGAGGUGCAUUUCUCAUCCCCUAUUGUUUGAUGUUGAUAUUACUUGGACUUCCGUUAUUUUUCCUUGAAUUCGCAUUUGGUCAGUUUGCAAGUUUGGGCCCUAUAUCUGUUUGGAAUAUUAGUCCAUUAUUUAAAGGCAUCGGUUAUGCAAUGGUCAUUUUAUCUUGGAUACUUGUUGUAUACUAUCAAAUUGUUGUAGCGCAUUGUUUAUACUUUCUAUGCGCUAGUUUUACAAGCCGAUUACCUUGGACAGAUUGCGAUCCAUCUUGGAGUAGUUCGAAUUGUAUGGAUGCAUCUCGUGCUAACUUUACUAAUAUUACAAAUCCUAAAGCUCCAUCAGAAGAUUAUUACUUUAAUGAAGUACUUAAAUUAAGCUCUGGUCUUGAAGAAUUCGGUACGCCAAGUUGGUCAUUAUCACUAUGUCUAUUGACUUGUUGGAUAAUUUGUGCAUUAGCUGUUAUCAAAGGUGUACAAUCACUUGGUAAAGUAUCCUAUUUUACAGGCAUAUUUCCAUAUGUUAUGUUAACUAUUCUCUUAAUACGAAGUGUACUUCUUCCAGGUGCCAAAGAUGGUGUACUUUAUUACUUGACCCCUGAUUUCUCACGUUUGAAAGAUCCACAAGUAUGGGCUGAUGCUGCUACACAAAUUUUUUUCUCUUUGGGCUGUUGCAACGGUGGUUUGAUAACAAUGUCGAGUUAUAAUAAAUUUAAGAAUAACUGUUGUAGAGAUGCUGUAAUAUUCGCUAUCAUCAAUUGUGCAACUUCUGUAUACGCUGGAUUUGUUAUCUUUAGUAAUUUGGGUUUUAUGGCUUUAACAAAGAAUACAACAGUCGCUGCAGUUGCGACAUCCGGUCCUGGACUCGCUUUCGUUGUCUAUCCUGAGGCGAUGACAAAUAUGCCACUACCCAGUUUAUGGUCAGUGUUAUUUUUCAUCAUGAUGUUAACACUUGGUCUUGGUUCACAAUUUUCCAUAUUGGAAACAACUCUUUCUGGUACAGAAGAUGAACUGAGACGAUUAGGUGUAUUGUUGACAACAAGACGUAAAAUGUUCUACCGAAUUGUUAUAUGCUUUGUUGAUUUCUUGCUUGGAUUACCUAUGGUCUGUGCUGGUGGUUAUUAUUUAUUCUCUAUAUGUGAUAGUGUAAUAUCAGGUUAUACACCUUUGGUUAUUGCAUUAUGUGAAACAAUUGUUAUCUGUUAUGUAUAUGGGUUAAAACAAUUUCGGCGUGAUAUUGAAUUGAUGAUUGAUGAACGACCAAAUUGGUAUUGGCGCAUUUGUUGGCUUGUAUUCACACCGAUCAUUUGUUUCUUAUUGAUAAUUUCAAUAUUUAUUUAUUCAACAGAAUUUAAAGAAGGCAAUUAUACAUAUCCGCAAUGGGCAUUAAUAUUUCGUCAAAUAUUAGCAGCUAUACCUGUAUUAACAAUUAUUGCAUGGUUUUUAUAUAAAUACUGUAAAGAAGGUGGUUUUGUCUUAAUGAAAGAAUUUUUAAAACCUGUUCAUGAAUGGGGACCAGCCGAGAAAGAAUAUCGUACAGAAUUCAUUACAAUGAUUAAAUCAAAUGAAUCGUUACAUCGUUCGCGUAUUUAUGAUAUUGGUCCUAGUAAUGCAUCUGCAACAAUGGCUCAUGGAUUAUCUAAUAGUCAAAUGCAAAUGAAUUUUAAUUUAGGCGGUUCAAUUGUCAGUGGAUUAGCUGUUGCCACUGGUGUAAUCGACGAUACAAAAUUUUUUCAGAGUAAAUUAAAAGUAGCUGAAAAACUUACUGAAGCUCAUACAAAAGAAGUGAUAAAACGAGUUGCUAGUAAUGCAGAUUUCGCUCCAUUAGAUACUAAUCUAGCUAUAGCAGCCAGUCAAACAGCUUUAGCUGCAGCCAGUUCUGCUGUUAUCCUCAACACAUUACAGAAACAAAUUCCAGAAAACUCUACCCAAACUCUUACUUCCAUAAAAUUACCGGAACAAAUUGAACGUGGUGAUGAUGACGAUGAUGAUGAUGAUGACAAUGUUGAUAUUGUCAGAAUUAAACAAAUAACACCAUCAAAUCAUAAUAAUGAUUUAGAUGAUCAUCAUCAAUCAACAACACACUGCCUACAACAAAGUCAAUAUCAAGAAGAAAAUCAUGAAGUACAUUUCGACAAACUGAAUAAAAUUCAACGUUUAAUUGAUAAAGUUAAAAAUUCUAUUUAAAAUAAUAAAUUGAUUUGAUAAGUUUAAAAGGCGAAUUAUCUGGAGGUUUCGAAAUAAUAAUAAACUAUAAGAUCUUGUCUGUUUGGAAUUCAUUCUCAGCUUUGUAUGAUUUAUAUUUAUAUAUACUGUUUGUAGUAUUAUUGUUAGAAAUACCCUUAAACAUUGAACUAUAGAAUUUAAUAAUCAAUUCUCGCUCAAAAGAACAUGUGUUCACUUUAUUGUAUAUUGUUAUGUACAAGCAUAUUUUUAAAUAAAGAUGCUUUAUUUCAUGAGUUUUCCUGAUGUAAAGUUGUAGUUGAAGGCCUGUUACAGAAAUAUAUUUACAUUACAUAAGUUGAUAUAUUCCCUGGGAAACCUAAGAAUGAUCGUGAGUCAAGUUAGCGAGACUAUGAAUUAUUAACGGACUAAUGAGAUAUAAGAUAACAAGUUUUCGGUUUUGACACCAAGCUUGUUCAUCUAUAUGAUUAAAUCGUAUUUUGGCAUUAUAACGGAUGUCGGUUCGUUAUGAAAAUCCUAACUCUAUUUCCUGAACCUAACCUAAUCCUAAUUUCUCUCACUAAUUUUAUAAUCCACUUCUGAUCCUAGUAGGCUGGUGGGUUUUUCAAGGUCACUUUAGCGUCCC